GCUAGAAAGAAAAGCAAAGCAGAAAAUAAACAACCUGAGCAAGAAAAAGGGGCAGCAUACUUAAACCCUCCUGACACUCAGAGAUUGCUUUUGAGUUUGCAGAGCUGGAUAAAGUUUCUUAGCCGAAGUACAAUGAAUUCUGACUCAAGUUCCAUGUCCAGCAGAGCCUCUUCACCCGACAUGGAUGAGGUAUAUCUCAGAGGGCACCACCAUCAUCAUCACCUCCAUGACAGCAGGUUGAAUUCUGUGUCAUCCACCCAGAAUGACUUAUUGCAGAAGAUGUCAGAAGAAGUUCUAUCCAGACACAGUUCCAAAGGCGAGAGUGAUAGCAGCAAGUAUAAAAUAAAGAAGCAACUUAAUGAACAGGACCUGCAGCAACUCAGGCUGAAGAUUAAUGGCAGGGAACGCAAAAGGAUGCAUGAUUUGAACCUUGCCAUGGAUGGGCUGAGGGAAGUCAUGCCCUAUGCACAUGGUCCAUCAGUUCGAAAACUCUCCAAAAUUGCUACUCUACUGCUUGCCAGAAACUACAUCCUGAUGCUCACCAGCUCUCUAGAGGAAAUGAAGCGUCUCGUUGGUGAGAUCUAUGGUGGGCACCACUCUGCAUUCCACUGUGGAACAGUAGGACAUUCUGCGGGUCAUCCUGUGCACCCACCCAGUACAGUUCAUCAAAUGCAUCCAAUUCUGGGAAGCGCAUUGACAUCUAACACCCCCUCCGGCCUGUCAGCAUCCCUACCAGGAAUUGGCAGCAUCCGUCCUGGACACUCUCUACUAAAAACUCCAUCCACUCCUCCUCUUGCAAUUGGCAACAGCUUCCAGCACUGGGCAGGUCUCCCUUGUCCUUGUACCAUAUGCCAGAUGCCACCACCACCACAGCUAUCAGCACUCUCAAACAGCGUCAGGAUCUCUACAGAACCCAAAGACUUACUAAAGUAA